AUGUGCGGGGAAACUAAGCGACACGAACUAUCUGCACCUCCAUUGGCGGGAGAGGCGCGUUCCAAGGGUGUGGUGAAGCGCGAGGGAGGUACAGCUGUGACCCGGGCGGAGUUCACCACACUGGAGGGGACGCUGAUGGGCGAAUUGGCAACGAUUCCCUCAUCUGUAUGGGUGGCUUUUGAUGUACACGUUUUACCCACACAACAGCCGGUGGGACGCAGCGCAGCAACAAAGCUGCUCUACACCAACUCCCCCGAGAAGAUCCAGUUUUAUCCCACGAAUGAGGAGGCUAUGGCUCUUGCUUUUAAGGAUCUAAUGCCAGCUGAUGUGGCCAAGCACUUGCUGGUGUUGUUGGACCACAAUGAUCCAGCAACGCGCGGUGCGUUUCUGGAGGCCAUGUCACAGGCCAAGACCACGAUCAACAGUCCCGGGCGAAAGGUGGCACUACCCGCACUUGGACGGGCUGCGGUGAAGAUUUACGUGAGCGCUCUACCGCCAAUGCUGAGCCCCCCGGAGGAGUACUACACCGAUGAGGAACUCGUGGCAAAGUACAUUGACGAUGAAAAGCACCUGCGGUGGCAUUUCCACAGGGGGAAGCCGUUCUCAUCCCUCAUUUUUGCAGUCACCGCCCAGCAGGCUCUCACAAGGCGGGGCGUCAACGUGGAGAAGUAUAAGCUCCGUCAGAUCGCGUGGAUCUUGUUUGCGAUCGAAUGGCCAUUGGUGAAUGGCAUUGCAGAUGGCAAGUUGUCAAACAAGUGGAAGGUGAAUCGUAGCGGCUAUGAGGUGAUGUGUGCGCGGGUGAAGAGGAUGGUCGAGCAUGCGGUGCUCGACCUCGGGGUGCCAUACAACAGGCAGAUGAACGCUUUCGUCUUUCCCAACGGUGUCUUCAUAGACGCAACAGAUUGCGGGGAGAUCGUGCAUGAGUUGAAUGUAAGUCGGGAGGAGGUUCCAGACAAGUAUGGUCGUUUGUAUGUUACAGGUACUGUGGUGAAGGGAGCUUAUCCUCCGCAUCGUUAG